AUGGCGGAGAAAGAAGUCCCCCUCACGGCCGUCAAGGUCGAGGCCUUGGUCGUUAUGAAGAUCAUUAAGCACUGUUCUCAAGCAUUCCCCACGACUGCGACUGGUUCGAUCGUUGGUAUGGAUGUGGGCGGUACCCUCGAAAUCACCAACUCCUUCCCUUUCCCCGUUGUCGAGAUGCCCGCGGAGUCGCACUUUGACAAUGCUGCGCCUAACCCGGCUGCCGCUGCCCCCCGUGCGAAGGCGAACUCCGUUUACCAGGCGGAGAUGAUUCGUAUGCUCCGGGAAGUCAACGUCGAUGCGAACAACGUCGGUUGGUACACAAGCGCGAACAUGGGCAAUUUUGUCAACAUGAACGUGAUCGAGAACCAGUUCUUCUACCAGAAAGAGAUGAACGAGAGGACAGUUGCGCUCGUUCACGAUGUUAACCGUAGCUCCCAGGGCAGCUUGAGCCUGAGGGCGUUCCGUCUGUCUCCUAAGUUCAUGGCUGCUUUCAAGGACAACAAGUUCACCUCUGAAGAGCUCCAAAAGUCCAACUUGAGAUACCAGGAUAUCUUGGUUGAGCUCCCAGUUGAAAUCCACAACUCUCACCUGAUCACCUCCUUCGUCCACCAACUUCAGAACCCCGCCCAGUCGGCUUCUUCUGACCUCCCUGCCUCUCUUGCCGCCCUGGAGUCUGCCCCAUUCACCAAGCAGCCCAUCCUGGCUCCCAACUUCGAUAACCUCUCCCUCAGCAUCGACCCCUUCCUUGAGAAGAACUGCGAUCUCCUCCUUGACAGCAUUGAGACUCACCACACCGAGACCAGCAACUUCCAGUACUACCAGCGUUCGCUCGCCCGAGAGCAGGCCAAGAUCACGGCCUGGCAGGCUAAGCGCAAGGCUGAGAACGCCAGCCGCGCAACCCUCAAGCAGCCUCUCCUCCCCGAGGAUGAGUGGCAACGGCUGUUCAAGCUCCCUCAGGAGCCCAGCCGUCUGGACAGCAUGCUCAACAGCCGACAGGUGGAGCAGUACAACCGCCAGAUCGACAGCUUUGUGUCAUCCACAACGGGCAAGAUGUUCGCAGUCAAGGGCAACCUGCUGCCCGGAGAGACGGCUAAAUGA